CAAGCAGCUGGCUGCACGAGCUCUCGUCGCUGGUCGCGUGCGCACAGACGGUGAGCAGGUCGCUUUUUAGGCUUUUUAUCCAAAAAGAACCGAAGCGGCACUAAAAGUCGAGCCGGAAGCAGCUGUGCGCGCGCGCCGUUCACCUGGCGACCGAGCGCGCGACUUGUUGACGCGUAAAACAACCGAUCCGGGCGGUAAACAACAACAUUUCUAGCUCGCGGAUAGCAACUAGCAGGCUCGCGAGGAGGUCCAGCCCCCCCCCCCCUAAAAAAGUAGUUUGGUCGUGGAUGAGGUCUCCGGCGGACUGAGCACGAGGACCAGGUACCCACACCGGAGCGACAGCGCUGCAGGCUGCAGGAUGUCCACGCAGGUCGGCUCGUGUCUGACAGCCGAGGGGGAGCACGAGGGGCCUCGGGAGCCGCAGCCGGCGGACGGGCCCGGCUCCGGGGCGGAGAGGAGCAGCGGCUCGAGCCCCCCGGACGAGGACCCGCACGCCGCCGACGCGAAGGUCGAGACGGCGGCGAGAGUCGUGGAGGCGCCUCCGCCCAAAGUCAACCCGUGGUCGAAGAGGACGACGGGCAGGGUGCCGGUCAACAACAACAACAACGUCCACAACAACUCGCAGGACUCCCAGGAGAAAGAUCAACAGAACACUCUGAAAGUCGUUCGUGCCAACAAACCCAGGAUGAGAAAAUCCAGCAAGUCCGGUGACUUCAGCGACAUCACAAACUGGCCCACACCUGGUGAGCUGGCCAAAGAGCAGCAACAAAAUGUCCUCAACAACAACGGGAAGAAGCCGGCCUCCUCGCGCAGAGACAAGGAGAAGACGACCGCGAGGGAGACGAAGGAGGGCAAGUCGGAGAGCAAGGAGAACCAGGAGGCGCAGCCCGACCCGCUGGGGGAGGCGCCCAGAGACGGGGGCGGGUCCAAGGGGGGGCAGGACGCCAAGAGCGCCGGCCUGAAGAAGAGGGGAGGCGAUGGUAACAAGCGUAAGUGGGUUUCUCUUCCGAUGGAGGACGCCACCCGGGACGACGAUGACGAAACGCCCGGCCGGGGUCCGGCCGCCGCGGGCCCCCCCGGCGACGCCCCCGACCCCGCCUCGCCCAAUCAGGCUCUCCGUAACCAGCGGGCGCCUGACGGCAGCAGGAGUUGGAGAAGAGAGUCUCGGGACUUCGUGGACGACGGCGUGCGGAGCGACAGCGGAGGCGUCCGCGGGGGAACCCGAGGCCGAGGGAAAGGUCGAGGCCGCGGUAGAGGUCGUGGGCGAGGCCGCUACGAGACCCCCCAGAGUUCCCGGGACUCUGACUCUGCUCGUGGUUCCUCAGAGUUCGGCAGCAACUUGGUUUAUUACUACGGGGACGGCAGCAAAGUGCAGAUGUACUCGGUGGACGAGAAGCUGCUGAAGGAAUACAUCAAGCGGCAGAUUGAGUACUACUUCAGCCUCCACAACCUGGAGCGGGACUUCUUCCUGCGGAGGAAGAUGGACGCUCGGGGCUUCCUGCCCGUGUCGCUCAUCGCCGGCUUCCACCGAGUUCAGGCUCUCACCACGGACGUGGGCCUCAUCGUGGAGGCCCUGAAGGGCAGCAAAGAGGUGGAGCUGGUGGAGGACAAGGUCCGCUGUAUAAGCGACCCGGAGCACUGGCCCAUCCCCGGGGCCUCCGGCGUGGGUUCCCCCGGCGUGGUGGUCGGUUCCCCCGGCGUGGUGGUCGGUUCCCCCGGCGUGGUGGUCGGUUCCCCCGGCGUGGUGGUCGGUUCCCCCGGCGUGGUGGUCGGUUCCCCCGGCGUGGUGGUCGGUUCCCCCCGGACCGACUUCUCGCAGCUCAUCAACUGCCCCGAGUUCGUUCCUCGGCUGGGCCUCAGCUCCACCAACGCCGCUUCAUCGCCCGUGAGGAAGACUCCUCCUGAGUCCGAUGAAGAGCCGCGGGACUCGGCUGAACCCGGGAAGGCCAUCGCGGACGAAGAUGCCCCCCCCGCCGACCCCGAUGCCUGGAUCCAGGUGGAGAAACGCCACAGGCAGCCCUCUGGAAAGGUACCGCGUCUUCAUCAUCUUCAUCCUCCUCUUCCUCAUGUUCUCCCUCUUCCUCCUCUUCAUCUUCCUCCUCCUCUUCAUUCAUUUCACGAUCGCGGCGAUGCUUCUCCAGACGGCGGCGGCCACCGGCCUCCUCGCCAGGCCGUUCCUGACCAGGAGGAGCUGGACUUCCUGUUUGAUGAAGAGAUGGAGCAGAUGGCGCCCAGGAAGAACAAGUUCACCGAUUGGUCGGACGACGGAGACUCGGACUACGAGCUGGACGACCAGGACGUCAACAAGAUCCUCAUCGUCACACAGACGCCUCCUCACAUGCGGAAGCACCCCGGUGGCGACCGGACGGGCAACCACGAGUCCCGAGCCAAGCUGACCACCGACAUCGCCAAGGCCAUCAACGACGGGCUGUUCUACUACGAGCAGGACCUGUGGAAGGGGGAGGAGCCGGCGGAGAGCAGCAAGCAGGAAGUGGAGACCUUCAAGAAGCUGACCGUCAUCACUCGAGACGAGUUCGACACGCUGACCCCCAAAGCGCCCGUCGACCCCAAACAGGAAGUCCUGCCGGCGGCCGGCGGGGCCGACUUGUCUCGCUCGCUGCCGGCGACGGUUCCAGAGUCGCCUGUCGCUCACCAGCCCCGGACCCCCCGAACCCCCCACACCCCCGGACGCCAGGACGCCACCAAGACGCCGCGGUUCUACCCCGUCAUGAAGGAGAGCGGCACCGUGGACGGACAGACGCUGAGGAAGAAGAAGACCCGCCACAGUUCCAACCCCCCUCAGGAAGCCCACAUCGGCUGGGUGAUGGACUCCCGUGAGCACCGGCCCCGCUCCACCUCUAUCAGCAGCUCCGGCGCGUCAGAAGGUUACGGCUGCACCCCCCACUCGCUGCCCAAGUUCUGGCACCCGUCCCACGAGCUGCUGAGAGACAACGGCUUCGCCCAGCAGGGGUACCACAAGUACCUGCGGCGCUGCCUCAACGAGAGGAAACGGUUGGGGGUCGGUCAGUCUCAGGAGAUGAACACUCUGUUCAGGUUCUGGUCCUUCUUCCUGAGGGACAACUUCAACCGCAAGAUGUACGAGGAGUUCAAGCUGCGAGCGCUGGAGGACGCCAAAGAGAACUACAGGUACGGACUGGAAUGCCUCUUCCGAUACUACAGUUACGGUUUGGAGAAGAGAUUCAGGGCGGAUCUGUUCAAGGACUUUCAAGAGGAGACGCUCCGGGACUUUGAGAGAGGUCAGCUGUACGGCCUGGAGAAGUUCUGGGCCUUCUUGAAGUACUCCAAGAUGAAGAAGCAGCCCAUCGAGCCCCGGCUGCAGGAGCACCUCGCCCAGUUCCAGAACCUGGAGGACUUCAGGGUGGUGCCGCCGAUGGGAGAGGAGGGAGGCCGGAGGAGGCGUCACUCGUCCUCGGCCGGGGACGAAGGGCGGCGUCGGCGACAUCCCUCCAACACGACCUCGAAGCCCACCCAGGCCGCUCAGGCCACGCCCACAGACGACGCCCAGAAAGCCAGCGCCGCCCCCGGGAAGAAGGAAAAUGAAUGAAGCCCCUCCCCUCCCGGUCCAGGUGAGGGUUUGGACCGACGGCAUGGAGAGGCGGCCGCAGCAGCUCUGAGAUCAGCGCCUCGACUCAAUCUGAUGGUUUCUGGUGUUUUUAGCCUGAAACUGGGCGCCGCUCGUUUAACGUUUACAACAAAACAAGAAGAAGAAGAUGAAGAAUGCUUUGCUGCGUUUUUGCCUUUUUUUUAUUAUUCGGAUGCCAAAACUCUUCGUCGACCGCGACCUGUGACGCGCUCCGCCAACAACGCGAGCCCCGAGUGCCUUAAUCUGUUUCCACGGUAACGACGACGAGGCCAAAUAGUCCCAACUUCAACUUUAAAGUCUUCCCGAGUCAUUUGACCGCGUUUUAAAGUCAUUUUUCUCCUCUUGAGACAUAAAUAUCUUCUUUUGUUCUUAUCUCACGACAAUCAAGCUGACAGCUGCAGCCCCCCCCCCCCCCCCCCCCCCCCCCCUCAUUUUAACACGGGAAGCCCCGUUUUAUAAUUUAUUGUUUUAUUCUCAUUUUCAUUCACUUGAUCUUAAAUGUUUCUGCUGGCUUUGGGUGUGAAGCGUCUUAAAGCGACGGCGUAAUGUCGCUUUAAUUCAUAUUUACUUAAUCAUUAACUUUACUUGAUCAAUGGCGGCAAAAAAAAAAAAAUGUAAAUACUAUAAAAAAUAAUUUGCUAUUCAAUUUAUUGUUUGGAUUUUAUGAAUUGAUUUUAUUUUACCGGUCGUGUGGUUUUUGAGUGUUUUUAGGAUCAUGUGAUGCAUGUUGAUGCCUCGACUGUACAAUGGAAAACAUUAAAAAAACAAAAAAACAUAAA